AUUUUUUAUUGUAUAUCGUGUUACCAGCGUAACAAGACACUCUCAGUCGGAAGUUGCAGUGCAAUACGAGAACAACAAAGGAGAGUAGGGCGAAAGAAUUUUUAUUCUCGUAUUUUUCUAAAUCAAUGAGCAUAUUUACGAAAUUCGGGACAAUUUGGUUAUUAAUGCAGUAUAUAAUCUAAAUUUAGCUAUCGAAAUGUAGCUUUUUAUUGAGUCCAUAUUUAUCUACAUAUUUAUAUCAUUGAGCUCUUUGGGAAAAUAAGAUGUUGUCAAAAGUGACAAAACUCUUGGGGGUGUUCCUUCAAAAUGAGAAACAGCAAGUUCGCCGCUUGAACGUCCACGAGCAUGUAGCUUACACUUUAUUGAGAGCUGGUGGGAUACCGACGCCGCCGUUUGGCGUCGCGAAGACGCCGGAAGAGGCUGAAAAAUUUGCUGCAGAUCUUAAGACAAAGGAUAUUGUCUUAAAGGCUCAAGUGCUUGCAGGAGGUAGAGGGAAAGGUCAUUUCAAAGGAAGUGACGUCAGUGGUGUCAUGAUGUGUGAAACACCUGAGGAAGCUAAAGACAUUGCUAAGAAAAUGCUGAACAAGCUUUUAGUAACAAAACAGACCGGAGAAGCUGGAAGAGUCUGCAAUUCUGUAAUGGUCACUACCAGAAUGUUCCCACGGAAGGAAUUUUAUCUUGCUGUCAUGAUGGAAAGAAGUUUUGACGGUCCUGUCAUCAUCGCUUCUAGUCAGGGUGGUGUCAAUAUUGAGGAUAUUGCUGCUACCAAUCCAGAUGCCAUAACAUAUAUCCCAGUAGAUAUUACCAAAGGUUUAACCAGCGAACAGGCUAAUAAGGUAGCAGAAAAAAUGGGUUUAGGUACAAGAAAGGAUAUAAUUUCUGAGGUGGUUUGCAAUCUCUAUGAGCUUUUUAUAGAAAAGGAUGCAUUGUUGCUUGAGAUAAAUCCAUUAGCUGAGGAUAUUUGUGGAGAUUAUUAUGCACUUGAUUGCAAAUGUAGAUUUGAUGAUAAUGCUGAGUUCCGACAGAAGGAAUUAUUUUCAUUGAGAGAUUGGAGUCAGGAAGAUCCUAAGGAAGUAGCUGCUGCCAAGUAUGAUUUAAAUUAUAUAGCCUUGGAUGGAAAUAUUGGAUGUAUGGUGAAUGGUGCUGGAUUGGCAAUGGCUACUAUGGAUAUUAUAAAAUUGUACGGGGGUUCCCCGGCUAAUUUUUUGGAUGUCGGUGGUUCUGCUACUACAGAAACUGUUACAGAAGCCUUUAAGAUCAUCACGUCAGAUCCGAAGGUGGAGACUAUAUUUGUUAAUAUAUUUGGAGGUAUAAUGAGAUGCGACGUAAUCGCUGAGGGAAUCAUCAGAGCGUCUUCAGACUUGAAACUUAAAAUUCCCGUUGUAACGAGACUCCAGGGAACUAUGGUGGAAGAAGCAAAAACUCUUAUAGCUAAUGCCAAACUCAAAAUCAUUCCCAUUGAUGAUAUGGCGGACGCCGCAGCAGCUGCUGUCAAAUUAUCUACAAUGGUUCGUCUAGCAAAAUCUAUGAAUUUAGAAAUGAGUUUAGCUCAUGAGGAUAAUACAUCGUCGGACAAGGAUUCUCCCUGUAAAAAGAGAAAAAAAAAAUGUGGGGCUAAGAAGACAAGCCAAGUUCUUGGCAGUAAAGUGGCAGUCCACUGCCACCGCUUAACUAAGAUGGCCACCAUGUUGUCCCGGACGAUCACAAUUGCUGAGAAUUUCAGCCGACUUAAUGGGAGCAAGAUAUUAGCUUGUAAAACUGGUUUGACGAAGCAGCCUGUCAGAAACUUGAAUGUCCAUGAACACAUCAGCUACAGUCUUUUAAAUGAAGCAGGCAUUCCAACACCGAAAUUCGGGGUAGCAAAGACGCCUGAUGAGGCUGCAAAGUUGGCAGCUGAUCUUAAGACCAAGGACAUUGUCCUAAAAGCUCAAGUUCUUGCUGGUGGAAGAGGAAAGGGCCAUUUCAAGGGCACCAAUGUCAGCGGUGUCAAGAUGUGUGAGACUCCUGAGGAGGCCAAGGCCCUUGCUAGCAAAAUGCUUGGUAAGCUUUUGAUUACGAAACAGACUGGCGAAGCUGGUCGGAUAUGCAAUGCUGUCAUGGUCACCCAGAGGAUGUUCCCCAGGAAGGAAUAUUACCUUGCUGUUAUGAUGGAACGAUCCUUUGGAGGACCGGUUAUAAUUGCCUCCAGCCAGGGUGGCGUUAACAUAGAAGAAGUCGCUGCCACUAAUCCGGAAGCCAUUACCUAUGAACCCAUUGACAUUAAUACGGGUAUCACACCAGAACAAGCAGAUCGUAUUGUUAAGAAGCUUGGCCUUGAGAGCGUCAAGGAUUACAUCUCCAAUGUGAUAGUCAGCCUUUAUCAAAUGUUUGUGAAGAAGGAUGCUCUUCUGCUGGAAGUGAACCCUUUUGCAGAGGACAUAAACGGAAAGUACUUCGCCCUCGACUGCAAGUGCAGAUUCGACGAUAAUGCCGAGUUCCGGCAGAAGGAAUUAUUCGCCCUACGUGAUUGGAGUCAGGAGGAUCCUAAGGAGGUCGAGGCUGCCAAAUUCGAAUUAAACUACAUCGCCCUGGACGGUAAUAUCGGUUGCAUGGUUAACGGAGCUGGUUUGGCCAUGGCCACUAUGGAUAUCAUCAAGCUCCACGGAGGAGAGCCGGCAAACUUUCUGGACGUUGGCGGUGGCGCUACCGCAUCUGCCGUAAAAGAGGCUUUCAAGAUCAUCACGUCCGAUCCUAGAGUUCAUGCACUCCUGGUGAACAUUUUCGGCGGUAUCAUGCGUUGCGACGUUAUCGCCGAAGGAAUUAUCGCAGCCACUAAAGAACUUAGCCUCAAGAUUCCCGUGGUUGUUAGGUUACAGGGUACGAACGUGGAUGAGGCAAAAGCUCUAAUUGCCAAUGCCGGUCUCAAGAUUGUCCCAAUAGACGACUUAGAUGAAGCGGCACGUGUGGCAGUGAAACUCUCGACUAUAGUUAAGCUGGCCCAAUCAGCUAAUCUGAGUGUCAACUUCGAGUUACCAGCAAUUUCAUAAAUAAUUACUAAGGAUCAGUAUAAGCCCACGAGUAUAAUGAACAUAUAACUCACGCACUAGAAGACAAGUAUAUGAAAAAACAGAAAGGAAAAGGCUUAAAGCUUUUACAUGGUGGGUAGAUAAUUCCUAUUGGGGAAGUACUCAUAUGUCCUGCAGAGAUGCUAACGGUUAAGUGAGACACGGGGCUGAUUAGGCUAGUAAUUUAUGAAACAGAUUAAUGAUCCGAGCAAGUGAAAAGGCAUAGAUUAGAAGAAUCUAUGUAUUUUGCUUAUCCAUUCUAACUUUGAUAUUCUCUUUAUUUCCACUUCUUCUUCUUCUUCUAAUAUUCGCUAUAUGCAGAGCAUAAAAUGCGAGUUCCCUUUAUAUCUAUGUACGUGUAAUCGCAGGCACAAAAAAAAACCGUGAAUGAAAAAAGGAAUCUGUGUCCUACUAUACAUAUGUCGGGAGCCAGUUAUAAGUACAGUCCUUUGACAGGGCUUGUCUUACAGUAUUAAAACAAGAAUUCGAGGCCAUAGUUCUCAUUAUUAUUCUACAUAGUUGCACAUGGUAGCGCAUUUUGUCGACAGUGUAUACGCCGACGAAAACAGUGAAUACUUUGACAUUAUUCGCGACCAUCGUCCACGACAACAAGAGGAUAAAUAAAUGUCAAAGGCCUCGAGUUGUCAUAUACAUAGAUUCUAAACACGAUUAACUCUUAAUGCAUCCGCUACCCCAAGACGAAUAGAGAAAAUUACAGAAAGAGCCUGUUAAAUGUAAUAUGUAUAGACACAUAAAUUAUUUUACUUAAAUUUA